AUGGCUUCAAGGAGGAUUGUCCUGCUGGGAAAAACGGGCGCUGGGAAAAGCAGCGUGGCUAACACCAUUUUGGGGGAAGAAUGCUUCACCCUGAGCCACUUUUCCUCCUCUGGGACAAAACAAUGUCAAGAAAAAACCAAAUGUGUGGACGGCAGAAGCAUCACUCUGAUAGAAACCCCUGGUUUCUUUAGGGCUGAAAGCUCCGAGGACCAGAUGACGGCCGCCGUGAUCAGCUGUAUCACACAGUGCGCUCCUGGACCUCAUGUGUUUCUCAUUUUGCUGAAGGUGGAGAGAUUCACCAAGGAGGAGGAAGAGCUCAUCAGAGACAUCUGCCAACACUUCUCCGAAGAGGCUCUGCAGUACUCUUCAGUCGUCUUCACUCAUGGCGACCAGCUCCCAGAGGGGGAGGAGAUUGAUGACUUUGUCUGUAAAAAUGUGGCUCUGAACAACCUGGUGAUGAAAUGCAGAGGCCGGUGUCACGUUGUGGACAAUAAAUACUGGAAAAGAGCUGAAAAGGGCAACUACAGGAGCAACCAGUUCCAAGUGGCAGAGAUACUCAAGACCAUAGAUCAGAUUUUUGAGGCAAACAAUGGAGGGUGCUACUAG